GAGAAUAAAUAUCACUUCUCCUAGCCUAACAUAUUUGUUCUUAUCAUCUUGUGAGCUGAAGGAUUUUCCACACUUGAGAAAUUCAACAACACUUAAGUACUUGGAUCUUUCUAACAAUAAGAUUGAUGGUCCAAUCCCUAACUGGUUUAGCGGCAUGAGGUGGGACUCAUUGGAGUACCUAAACCUUUCUCAUAAUUCACUUACAGGACACAUAGAACAACUUCAUCACCCUACUCUAAAGUAUCUUGAUCUUAAAUUUAACUUCCUUCAGGGUCAGCUACCUUCUUCUAUCUGUAAGUUGAAAAACCUUAGGUUGCUGGAUUUAUCACACAAUUGCUUCAGUGAAUCAGUUCCACAUUGCUUGGGAAGCAUGGCUGGGCUAGGGGUUCUCGAUUUGAGGAAGAAUAAUUUCAGUGGGAGUCUUCCACCAUUAUGUGCACAGAGCACUUCAUUGACGAACAUUGUCUUGAAUGGUAAUCGUUUUGAAGGACCUCUCCCUGUGUCGUUGCUCAACUGUACUGGUUUAGAAGUCCUUGAUAUGGGAAAUAACGCUAUAAAUGACACAUUUCCAGCUUGGCUAGGAACUCUUGAAGAGCUGCAAGUUCUUAUAUUAAAGUCGAACAAGUUCCAUGGACCUAUAAGUACUAGGCAGAAGUUUUGCUUUCCCAAGUUGCGGAUUUUCGAUCUCUCUCAUAAUGAGUUCAGUGGCUCACUGCCUUCAGAAGUUUUUCGAAACUUCAAAGCAAUGAUAAAAAAUGGCUCAGACAAAGGUGACUUCAGAUAUAUGGAAGAAUUUGAAGAAACUUAUCAUGCAGUGUACGAGGAUUCAGUGAGGUUGGUGAUCAAAGGCCAGGAUAUUGAGCUAGAAAGAAUCAACACAAUUAUGACAACCAUAGAUCUCUCAAGCAACCAUUUUGAAGGUGUGAUUCCAAAAACACUAAAGGAUCUUGGCUCACUUUGGCUACUCAAUUUAUCCUACAACAAUCUCAGAGGUGAUAUUGUAAUGGAACUGGGACAAUUGAAUAUGCUUGAAGCAUUAGAUCUCUCUUGGAAUCGACUCACUGGAAAGAUUCCACAGGAAUUGACAAGACUAACAUUUUUGGAAAUGUUAAAAUUCUCUCAGAAUCUAAUUGUUGGAUGCAUUCCUCGAGGUCUACAAUUCAACACAUUUGAAAAUGACUCAUGUGGUGGCAACCUUGAUUUAUGUGGUCCUCCUUUAUCAAAGCAAUGUGGAAUGAGUGAUCCAUCACAUGUUCCUCAGCCAUUGGAGUUGGAUGAAGAAGAAGAUUCAUAUUUUGCUAGUGGAUUUACAUGGGAAUCAGUGGUCAUAGGCUACAGUUGUGGACUUGUUGUUGGAACUUUCAUGUGGAGCCUCAUGUUUAAAGCUCGUAAGCCAAAAUGGGUUGUGGAAUUUCUUGAAGGUGCUUUUCCCAAGAAAAUGAUAAGGGCACAGAAGAAAAGGCUGAGACAGCGGACUUAAUUGAAGAUUGAAAGAGCCAACUUGCCUUUAUAUAAUAAGUAAUGAAUUGGUGAAGACUCGUGUACAUGUUGAGCUCGCGGCACCCUCCAAGGAACCAAAGGAAGAU